ACGUCACUUUUGUUUAUGUUUUUUUUUGUGCAUUUUUCAUCUUUGGGCAGAGCCAGACAAGUCUGAGACACAAAUUUUCUUUAAAUUCCCAAUAAAAAAUUAAAAAAAAUGGAACAAUCUUUAGAAAAAGUCUUAACUGAUAUUGUUUCAGCACCUGAAACCACAGCAUGUCUGUUCGCCAACAAACAAGGCCUUUGUCUUUGCACAAAAGGAGCAAUUAGCUCAGAAAUGGCUGGAAUUGGUAUAGCAAUAUCUGAGCAGGCUUGCAAAUUGGAACCGAACUUAAAUCCACCUACUAUAUGCAUGUACAGUGGAAAUAGGAGAUGCAUUAUUCAAAAAGACGGGGAAAUCACAGGAGUUCUCUACAAGCAAUCACCAAUUUAAAAAAAACGAAAAUCUUCCAAAGACUCGAUUGUGUUUUCAAAAAUGCUUAACAUAUAUUUUGUUUACUUAUCGAAUUAUCUAUUUAGAAAUCUAUAAACAGCAUCCUUAGCAAUAUAAUAAUAAAUAGCUUUGCAUAAUUAUGUGUGCAGUCAUCAUUUACAAAAAUAAAGUGGCUUAAAUAAAUUGA